AUGGUCAACUUUCUGUCAAUUUUAUCAUUCUUUGUUGUCACCAAUACAGCAGGAGUUUAUUGCGCGACUACAUCAUCUUACCUUAACUGGAAAACAUUCAAUGCCAAUGGCGCCAAUCUAGGCGGCUGGCUGGUCCAAGAAUCUACAAUCGAUACUACCUGGUGGGCACAGAAUUCUGGGGGAGCCCCAGAUGAAUGGGGUCUAUGUGUCCAUCUAGGCUCCCAGUGUGGACCAGUCCUAGAGCGCCGCUAUGCUACCUGGAUUACAACUUCCGACAUCGAUACUUUGGCGGCGGCAGGUAUCAACACUCUUCGAAUUCCAACAUCGUACGCUGCCUGGAUUAAAGUUCCUGGAUCCCAGCUCUAUACCGGCAACCAAGUGUCUUUUCUCAACAACAUAGCCACGUAUGCUAUCAACAAGUAUGGCAUGCACAUCAUCAUCGAUAUUCACUCUCUCCCGGGAGGUGUGAAUGGAAUGCCAUUUGGAGAGGCCGAGGGACACUAUGGGUGGUUCAACAACGCGACAGCCCUUGAUUAUUCUUUGCAAACCGUUGAUGCAGUCAUCAGCUAUGUGAAAAAUUCCCAAUUCCCGCAGUCAUUCACUAUUGCGCCAAUCAACGAGCCUGUCGAUGUGCCUGAUAUCACUCUCUUUGGAAGCCCCUACUGUCUUACCGAGAGUGGUGCGCAGUGGGUAGGAAGCUACAUUCACCAGGUCAUCGCCAAAGUCCAGGCUGUCAAUGCUCAAAUUCCCGUGAUGUUUCAGGGUAGCUUCAAAGGAGAAGAAUAUUGGUCCCCGAACUUCACCACAGACACGAAUUUGGUUUUCGAUGUGCAUAACUAUUACUUCGCGGGCCGUGGAGCCAGCUCUGCAAAUCUCACUCAAUAUAUUUGUCAGGAUGCGGUCAGUGCGCCUGGCGAUGGAAAGUUUCCUGUGUUUAUUGGGGAAUGGUCUAUUCAAGCAGAAAUCGCCAAUACGUUCUCUUCUCGCAAGAAGAACCUCCAGACAGGAAUUGCGGCGUGGAAAAAGUACACUCGAGGCAGUUCAUACUGGACUUCAAAGUUCUUUGGAAAUGCAACCGUUGAUGGAGAGGGUACGCAAGCCGAUUACUGGAAUUUGGAGAGUUUCAUCAGCUUAGGAUACACUGGCUCAUCCACCAGUGCGGUAGUAUGCUGA